AUGAGUGCAACUCCUUCAGGUUCAUAUAGCGCCAAAAAGGACCCAUGGGUUCGCGCCAAAACUGAACAAAGGGUUCACUCACUGUACACGGACACAGGAACGACAACAGACUAUGCCUCGCAUCGGCCGCCAGCCACCUCGCCAACAGCAGCCGCCGCUGCGGGCACGGAAAGGGGACAGAGAACGCUCGCGGACAGAGACUCGGUCGAUACCGCUCUCCAUGCACUGUACUACGACCCCGACAGUCCAGCGGCUUACAGCGGCGAUCAGUCCUUGCUCAAGACAGCCCGGCAACAUGGACUCAAAGUGAGUCGGGCCCGCGUGUCGGUUUGGCUGGCCCAGAAGGACACGUACACGCUCCACCGUCCCGCUCGACGGCGCUAUCCUCGUAACGGAGUUGUCGUUGGGGGUAUAGACAGUCAGGUGGACCUGGUCGACAUGGCAGCGUUUACUAUCCACCCAGCUAUAAAUCUUGAGUGCCGGCCACAGACGUCAAACGUAUUUAAUAUAAGCGUCAAGCGCUCCUCCGUUGGUCCGGGUCCGCCGCCCCCUCCGCCCCCUCCGUCACCACCACCAUCAUCACCGUCGUCGCCGAGUGACAUCGAGCGUGGGCUUGACAGCACUGUCCAGGAUGAGGACCUGACCUCCCCCCCCCGCCACCCCCCUGCGGCGCUUACCGCCGAGCAGGAUCCGUUUACGGACCAAGCCAUCACUCCCCGGUUGAAGUUAACGGGAUUACCAAGUUCAUCACAACUCCGCCAGGGUCACCGACCAUCGCUCUCUAACAACACUUCGGUACCAGUCACCGUUUCCACACCCGUUCAUUCUUCACCCAACACGGCGCAGCGCGGCAGCAGCAGCAGCGGAAGUAGCAGUCCGCCUACCUCACCCUCCCCGCCCGCGGUGAUGGCGGCGGUGACCGCAGCGGCCUCCCGCUCUAUAACUCUCCCUCACUUGUACGACCAGCCAAACUGA